AUGGUAUUAUUCCACUAUGAUAUACACUUACAAUUCAUACUAUGGGUAUUCAUGGAAUUGCAUAAAUGCCUCGUAAUCCGUAAACCUCGCAUUUACUUGCGCGUUUUGAAGAAUAUCUUUAUUAUUUUUUUAGUUUCUUAUUGCAUAUUCCACCAAUCACGAAUUGCUCCAAUAUACUUUCUUACAGAUACGUUAUAUUUCUUUUACUUGCAGACUGCUAGUUCACCUAGGCGCGUUGCCGUACCUGUACUGGUAAAGGAUGGAAAGCCGUGCGCCGGAAAUAACAGUGCUUCACAAUCGCAGCAAGUAAGUGCUGCUAGUAAUGCUCCAACUAACAGCAAUAACACCAAUGUAAACGAAAGCAAUGCGUCCACCGAAGUGAAUAACAGCAUUGCAAGUAGCUUAAGUCUUAUAACAGGAGAAACAAAUAACUCCCAUUCUCCAGAUACAUCAAAUUCACUAAUUGCCAGUUAUAAUGGGACGAUCGUAGGACAUAAUCAAAUACAGCAACAAUCUUGCAAUAAUUCUUUAAUGUCAAACAGUUUGGCAAUGGCAUAUCGCAACCAGAAUAAUUUUAUUUCAAACGGCCAUCAACAACAGUGUACAGGGUAUUUGCCUUUACAAGGCAGGGCGUGGUAAAAGGCUGCAGAGGAAGAAAAAAAUAAUUAUGAUAUAACAUACUUUUGCAUGUUUUCUUCAAUUCGGUUAGCCUGUUUAUGAGUAAUUUAAUUUAUGAGCAAGUUUAUUUUUAUAAAUCUUAUUACAUAAACAGAAAUUCGCAUGAAAAGAUUCAAAACUGAUUAAAUUUUGGUAAACUGCGUUUACUUAAUUUGGUCGUGUGAGCCAAAUCGCCUGUGUAAUUAAUCAUUAUUUAUUUUUUACUUAACAUAUCAGCAUAGCAGAAUCGAGAUAGACACAUGUAUUUAGAUAUACUAAACUAAUUAUAAUUAAAAGGAAUAUCGAUAUAGCAUUGUCUGAUAUUCCGUACACCCGUCUGCACACUGAUCUAUAUCAGUAAAAAUAUAAAUACAUUGUACAUAUU